GAACGCGUUGAGUGCUUGCGACAUUUAGACGUGGUGCGGUCGUAUCGAGAAAUUGUAUGCGGAACAAACGCACCGAGUAAUAAUAAUAAAAUAGCUAACACAAGACUACCGAGCAGAAAAUUUAUAGAAAAGCUAUUCGGAAAUAUUUUCAGGCGCUGAAAAUAAAUUUGAAAGCAAAUAAAUCUCUGGGAUUUAAUUCCUCUUUUAUCACUGCGUUUUUUGUACGUCUUUUGAAAAAUAUCAUAAAAUUUAUUCCCAAACGUUAUCAACGUAUCAAGUAAAAUUAAAAACAAAACCAACAAAAACCAUGUGUAACAUCUACAAAAACGCAUCGCCAACAUCAACUACUUGGAUAGCAACGUCGGGUUCGGAGAUGACGGCGGGCAAACGGCGCGCGGCUGGUGGCAUUUUAACCAGUCUCACGCCAACACAUGUGACCACCAGCGGUAGCAGUAAAUUUUUACUCGCGGUCACGCUGUUUGUCCUGUUGGSCAGCGUUAACGGUGCUACUGAUCAGAAGACUGUUAAACCAUCACCAACAUCGCCGUUGUCAUCAUCAUCAGCGAGUCUCUCAGCAACGCCAAAAGACGAAAUUUACAUUGACGAUGAGAGCAUUGAGGGUUCAGGCGGUCGUGGCGGGCUGCACGAUGAUUUAGACAAGGAUCCCGAUUAUUCCGGUUCCGGUUUUGGUCCAGAUGACGAAGACUCUUCCACCGAUCUACAGCCAUCGCAUCGCGGAAACAAUAUACACACACAAUCGGGUAAACAUAAUACAGUUUUGACCACCGACGACAACGACGAUCUCAUCACCAGUAGAACUCAUCAUCAAACGAAUAGUGGCACAAUCAUUGGCAGUAAUAGCGGCAGCAAUUCAGGCAUCAUCGGUGGCAACAGUGGUAGCAACACUGGCCUCAAUACAAUUGCCACGACGACGAAACAAACGUCUCCAUUAACCACCACCACAAAUCAAAAUACACCCACUCUCACCCACAUCACCACCACCACAAGCUCUGCGACGGCGGGCAAAAAUCGCGGCUCAUACCUAUACCCCAACCAAGUCCAACAAACCCACUUACCCGCAGCACCUCACUACCCUGCAGGCGGCGCUGCGCACACAGACGACGAAGACUUCGAUCUCGGCGAAGGCGAUGAUGACGAUGCCAAGCAGCAGCUGGGCGGCGCUGGCUCAUUUGCCGGCAGUGGCGAUGGCGAUCGUGACGACGAUGACGAUGAUCACACCGGCGAUGUGGAUGACGAUGAUGAGCACGAGGUGCUCAUUGAACGUCCACAUCAACCCAAAAACGAUUUGGGCAAAGAACCAAACACUGCGAUGGAGAAUGGCACAAGCACAAGCAGCACCACCGCAUCGUCCACCACUACCACCACUGGCAGCAGCAGCGGCAGCAAUGAUCGCAAGGCGAUCUUUAGCUCGUCACAUGACGAAGACGGAGACGAGCACGUGGUGGACGCCGAUGAAGAGGAUGAAUUCGAUGAUACUUACGAUGAGGACAACAAGGACGAUGACGAGGAUGAUGAGGACGGUCGCACGCACGAAGAGGAUGAUAAUACCGAAGUUUAUAUUGAUGGCACGGAGCCGAAUACCAAGAGCGGCAGCAGCGUCGACCAGGACAAUGAACGAGGUACCACCAAUCAAGGCAAUACCAUACACGAAUUGGACACAAACAACGUAAAUAGCCAACCGACAGACACUAAAGUGAUCGAACACACAACCGGCAACGAGGUACUCAUCAUGAAUACCAGCGACGACGAUCGAACGGCGAGCUUCUUCGCACAACCCGGCAUUUUAGCAGCUGUCAUCGGUGGCGCUGUUGUCGGCCUGCUCUGCGCCAUUCUCGUCGUCAUGUUCAUCGUUUACCGCAUGCGGAAAAAGGACGAGGGCUCCUAUGCGCUCGAUGAACCCAAACGCUCGCCGGCUGUCAAUUCCUAUGCGAAAAACGCGAAUAAUCGCGAAUUCUAUGCCUGAGAUAAUUCCCAACGUUACUAGAGAGUAGACGUUAUAGCGCAGGCGGUAGGCGGCGUAAAGAGGGCGGUGAGCGCAGCAGCAGAAAGUGGAGCGAAGAGUGUAGGCGAUGGGUGCGAAGGAGGUGCAGUGAAUGGGAAAAAAUAAAAUAAAAUUUAAUAAAAUGUAAGCGAAUAAGUAAAUAGUGAAUAGUGAAACAAAUUACAAAGAAACAAGAAAGAAGAGCGAAAGCAGCGGAAGAACAACAAAACAGUAUGAACGUGUGAAACGGAAGCAUAACGAAAACUGUAACAAGCAAUUAUUAUUUUGCAGACAAUUUUCGAAUCUUUUUUUUUAUUUUUUUGUGAUUGCUACACAUAAAAGUUUGGAAUUUAAACUCAGUUACACACACCCAUACAUAAAUACGUACACAGCUACACGCGCAUUGGACGUGCAUACAUAAAUACGAAAUUGUUGCUUUGGUGUGAAAAAAGCGAAAAUAUUUUGGAAGAAGAAGCAGCAGAGCUUGCUGAAAGUAUAAUAACGGUUAUUUCGUGAGCAAAAACCAAACAAAAACAAAAACAACUCGAUAAAGUGUAAAGUUUUUCUCCCUGAAAACGCCAGCAAAAAGUUUAGUUGCAAGUUUCUGUGUACGA